UCUGUGUGACACAGUGGUUCGCCGCUUUGAAGUGACAGGGGAGCUGCAAGUUGACAUUUUUUAAAAGCUUGUUUUACUUUUUGUAGCAGAGACAGAAAUGGACGACCAGGGGUGUCCGAGAUGCAAAACAACCAAGUACAGGAAUCCAUCGCUGAAGCUGAUGGUGAACGUCUGCGGUCACACGCUAUGCGAGAACUGCGUAGAGAUGCUGUUUGUGCGCGGUUCAGGCAACUGCGUGCAAUGCAACACGCCUCUGAGAAAGAGCAACUUUCGCGUGCAGCUCUUUGAAGACCCGACCGUAGAUAAAGAGGUGGAGAUCCGCAAGAAGGUGAUGAAAAUUUAUAACAAGAGAAAUUCUGACUUCCCCAGCCUGAGAGAAUAUAACGAUUAUCUGGAACAAGUGGAGGACAUAGUGUACAACCUGACAAACAACAUUGAUGUGGAGAACACCAAGCUGAGAAUGGAGCAGUACCAGAGAGAAAACAGAGAUAUCAUCCAAAGAAAUAAGGCAAAACUUACCCGAGAGCAGGAAGAGCUGGAGGAGCUGCUGCUGCUGGAACAGCAGAGCAAUGAUCAGCGGAGACUGGAAGUGCUGCAGGAGGAGCAGAGGCAGCUGCAGGCCAAGAGGAAGAGCAAACAGGCUCUGCUGGAUGAACUGGAACAGUCCCGGCUUCCUGCUACCAUCUUACUUGCCCAGCACAAGGCCCGUGCUGCCCAGCUGGAGACCGAGAUAGAGCAGCAGAAACAGACUACAAAGCCUACCAGUAUAUUUUCUACUGGAAUCCAUAUGCGUCAGACCGUGUCUCUGCAACCUGUGCCCAGGAUAGAGGAAGUUCUGUACCACUACAAACCCCUUCAAGUUGAAACCUAUGGACCACCAGUCCCUGAACUAGAGCAGCUGAGCAGAUUCGGGUAUCUGAACCACGUGCGGGCUGUUAUGCCUCAGGACACAGCCGGAGGAUACACCUCGGGGUUGGCAUGUUAUCGAGCCAUCCAGGAUGCUUUCAGUGGGCUGUUCCCUCAGAGAGGAUGAGCCCAUCCGAUUCUCCUCCAGUUAUACAUGUGACUGAAUGGACUAUAAAUACUACUACAAUGCUGCUGUGGUGUGUCAUGUUCGGACUCAAGAAGAGUGUUCAUUUUUAUAUGUUUUGUUAAAUCUAUUUUUGAAUAAAAUAAACACUGUGGCUGCCCA